GGCGGCGUCGACGACGGCGUCUACGUCCGGCUGGAGCGGGCGGAGCUGGGACCGAAGGACACCUGGGAGGCCUGCAGGAAGCCCGGGGUCGUCAACAAGGCCAACGUGCUGUUCCACGGCAAGAGCUUGACGGUGGAGCGCGACGAAAGCGCCGGGGGCGCAGCGUCCUGGUCGAGCCCCUGAUGGACGCGCGGGGCCGCGCCGUGGGUGAGGCGGACGCAGAGGCGCGCGGCAUCCGCCGCACCAAGUGGCGGCUCGGCGUCUGGCCCCGGGAGGGGUGCGGCCAUGAAGUGUUUCUGAGCCAGUGGCGCCUGAUCGACACCAAACUGGGCCUCCGGGAACAGCCCUUGCAUGUCAAAACGCCCACCGGGGACACCAUCCUGGCUGCCUCCGACUCGGUGUCUCUCGACUGGCUCAAGGAGAGCGUGGAGCGAGAGCUCGGCAUUCCCCGCGCCGAGCAGCGGCUGCGCACGUCGGACGGCUCCUGCCCCUCGAAGAUGGCCGACGUCCUGGGGAGGCGCUUCCUCAGCCUGCUCGUCUGCGGCAAGCAACGUGUUGGAGCCAACCUCUGGUUCUGGGUGCAGCACCCUGCGGGCAAGGCGUUCGUGGAGGCGCUGUCGACGGACACUGUAGGCAGCGUGCUGGCCAGGGUUCGGCAGCACGGCGGCGAGUUGGACGGCCUGCACCUGGACGAUGUCGAACUGAAAACCAGCCGAACCCUCGCCGACUACAACGUGGCGUGUCUGGACACCCUGGAGCUGCGGGAGCGCGGAUCGCUGCGUGUGGCCGUCGCCGUGGAGCACGAGGGUGCCGCGGCGGCCACCAAGACCGUGAAGGUGGGCGUCAACCCGGACGACACCGUCGCCGAGCUGCGGAGGCGCGUCGUCUUGGUGGCGGUCGCCGAGCCGAUGAAGCGCCGCCGCUUGGAGUACGAUGGCGGCGUGGAGCUUCGCGUCGGGGAGGAGACGCUCGCCGGCCACCUCAGCGUGGAGGAGAGCGGCCUGGCUGCGCCGACGGCCCGGCCACCCCUUCGCUGCUUGAUUCCGUCAUACGAAAACAGGAUGACGAUUAAAGUCUGCACAUUGACCGGCAAGUUGGUCACAGUGCCAUGCCAACCCAGUGAUUCGAUCGAGAUGAUCAAGCAGCUGAUCUUGGACAUUGAGGGCAUUCCGAUCGACCGGCAGAGACUCAUCUUCGCCGGGAAGCAGCUAGAGGACGGUCGCACGCUCUCGGACUACUACAUCCAGAAGGACACCGUACUUCAUAUCGUUCUGCGUCUCCGCGGUGGCGGCGGCCCCGACGUCGUGCGCGGGCUGCAGGUCGACGAAGAGGCCGCCCCCGAGGGAGCUGAACCCAUCGCCGCCCCCGCCGCCGGUGCGUCCGCCCCCGCGGCGGCCCUGACAGUGGGAAAGAUCAGGUCGGGGGAAGUGGUGCCCCCUCAACGAACCAAGACCUGCCAGUUCCCGGUAGAAUCAUAUCGGCUUUGCCCGUGGCUGCAGUUUGACGUUUUCGUUCUGUGAUGCCGUGCCAGCUUUCGUUGUAGCGUUAGUUUAAGUUGGUCUGUGCCAGUCAUUUUGCUGGUUGUAAUUCACAUCCCUGAAUGUAACUGUUUAAUUGUGUUUGUGCUCAACACCAUUCCAUGGCUCUAGUUGCUGAAAGUAUCUGCUUACGACAUAGGGUAUGAAGCUGUUUAUCCUUUUGAAAAACGGACGUCAACCUGCGUUCAUAAGUUUGCUUCCAAUCUGUUUUUAAUUAUGCUUACCUUGGUGUCUGAGGAUGCAAUGUGUAAAUUAUUGCCUAUUUUAUUCUCCUGAAAGUUUUUGCAACAUCACGACAUGUAUGUCAUUGAGACUUAAUUUGUAGGUGCGCGUAAGCACUGUUAUUUGUAAAGUGAAUUGCGUUGGCGAAUUUUAUUGAAUAAAUUGUGCAAUAUUUUCAUUUGUCA